AUGUCGUCUCCGUUCAGGACGACAUUGAUAGCAUGUCGCGCUGACCCAGAAGGAUGGGGCCCUGUAUCUCAGAUCCGCGCUUUCGACCUAACACCUUGUUUCGAGGAAGCCGUCAUCUUCUCACCCUUCUCCGUCGUCUUCCUUGUCCUUGCUGUCCUUGCCUGUUGGAGACACCGACAUUAUGAAAUCCGCGAGAGAUGCAAGAAAAGCAUCUGGGUGUUGCGCGCAAAGUUGUCGCUUCUUUCGCUCGCGUUCAUCGCAAGCUGCGCCAACCUAAUCCUUAUCCUGGGCACUCGGAAACAAGUCGCAUUCCUUCCAUCAUACGCGCUCGAGAUUGCAUCUCUAUCUUGUGCAUUAAUCCUUUCCUGGCAGAACCACUAUCGAGCUCGCACGUCCUCUUCUCUACUCCUGCUCUUCUGGCCAGUCUAUGCAGCUGCGACCAUAGUAUGGGCGCGUACCUCUCUGACGAUUUCUCCAAAUGGUGCCCUACCUGUCGUGAUCGGCAGAGGCGUUGUCGCCAUCUUCGGACUGGUUGCAUUUGCGUUGGAAUGCCUGGGACCCGAAUUCUCGCCUGAAGACAGUCCAGAACCUCUUGUCAAGGGACAUGUUGAAAGCCCGCUUCUCACGGCGAACAUCUUCAGCAAAUGGUGCUUCAGCUGGAUGAACAAGUUGAUGAAGAAGGGUGCGACCGAGUACAUCACUGAGAACGACCUUCCGGGUCUGGUGCCGAGCGACGAGGCAAGCGCGCUAGGAAGCAGACUUGUGAAGGCAUUGGACAAACACUCUUCUCUUUGGGUAGCGCUCUUCGUGGCGUACGGUGGUCCAUAUGCCUUUGCACUUGGGCUCAAGUUAGUGCAAGACUGUCUCGCAUAUUUGCAGCCUCAACUGCUGCGCUGGCUUUUGUCGUAUAUUUCGAUCUACCAGUCGUCUCGCUUCUCGGAGGAUGGUCCGAGUCCCAUUGAAGGGUUCACUAUCGCCGUGGUCAUGUUUUGCGCAUCUAUCACCCAGACGAUCGUUCUGCACCAGUACUUUCAACGCUGUUUUGAGACUGGCAUGAGAGUCCGCUCCGGACUGAUCACGGCUAUCUACCAGAAGGCCCUUGUCCUGUCCAAUGACGGCCGGAGCAGCGCUUCCGGAGACAUCGUCAAUCUGAUGUCCGUUGACGCGGCACGUCUGCAAGACCUCUGCACGUACGGUCUCAUUGCGAUCUCUGGGCCAUUCCAGAUCGUCUUGGCAUUCGUGUCGCUGUACAAUAUCCUGGGCUGGCCGUCCUUUGUCGGAGUGGCCGUUAUGAUCGUCUCUAUUCCGCUCAACACUCUGAUCGCGCGCUUCUUGAAGAGGCUGCAAGAGGAGCAGAUGAAGAACCGAGACAAGCGGACCCGGCUCAUGUCUGAGUUACUGGCCAACAUCCGCAGUAUCAAGCUGUAUGCGUGGGAGAACGCCUUCAUUCGUUGGAUCUCGGAGGUCAGGAAUAACCAAGAAUUAAAAAUGCUAAGAAAGAUUGGCAUCGUCAAUUCGUUGAACUCGUCACUCUGGACUGGUGUACCUUUGCUUGUGGCGUUCAGUUCCUUCGCAGUCGCAGCGUACACUUCAGAUGACCCUUUGACGUCGGACAAGAUCUUCCCUGCCAUCUCCCUUUACAUGCUGUUGCAAUUCCCGCUCGCCAUGUUUAGCCAGGUGACGUCAAACAUCAUCGAGGCUAUGGUUUCAGUUCAGCGGCUUUCGAAGUUCUUCGCCGCCGACGAGCUUCAGCCAGACGUCCGACGGGUCGUCGAGAAGGCUGACUUGGACCAGGGCGACGUCGUCGUGUCGGUCGUUAAUGGUGAGUUCACUUGGGACAAAAACGCCGUGUCGCCCACUCUGGAGGACAUCAACUUGACCGUACGUAAGGGAGAGUUGGCCGGCAUUCUGGGACGCGUGGGUGCAGGCAAGACGAGUUUGCUGUCAGCUAUCAUCGGUGAGAUGCGACGUGUCGAUGGAGAGGUCAAUGUCUUUGGCACGGUAUCAUAUGCUCCUCAAAAUCCUUGGAUUAUGAGUGCAACCAUCAGAGACAAUAUCCUAUUCUCGCACAAGUAUGAAGAAGAAUUCUACAACCUCGUAUUAGACGCGUGUGCUCUGCGCCAGGACCUCGCCUUGAUGCCGAGUGGCGAUAUGACGGAAGUCGGAGAGAAGGGUAUCACGUUGAGUGGUGGACAACGCGCUCGUGUCGCACUUGCGCGUGCAGUGUAUGCCCGGGCUGAUCUUGUCAUGCUGGAUGAUGUCCUGGCUGCUCUCGAUUCGCACGUUGCAAAGCACGUUUUCGACAAUGUGAUCGGACCCAACGGCCUUCUUGCCUCGAAGGCAAGGAUUGUUGUUACUAACAGCAUCCACUUCCUCAAGCACUUCAAUCACAUCUACUAUGUACGGCGUGGUGUCAUUUUGGAGAGUGGUACGUAUGCCGAACUGGUCGCCAACCCCCAAUGCGAAUUGCACAAGCUUGUGAAGGGGCACGGGAGCUUGACGGCACAUCUAACGUCUGGCAUGUCAACCCCGUUCAUGACCGGAUUCACCGCUACACCGGACUCUUCCGAAAACGAUAGCAAAACCGCGGUCGAAUCGUCCACCCACGAGCUUACCAAGGAAAAACUCGACAAUCUGAACAAGACUCUUGUCCGCAGCAAGUCAUUUGGGAAAGCCGUGAUCGAUGACAACCUUCCUACCCGUACCGUGUCGGAUGGCCCGACAAAGGAGCAUUCUGAACAGGGCCGAGUGAAGCGCGAAGUGUACCUCCGCUACAUCGAGGCAGCUUCGAAGGCUGGGGUCAUCUCGUUCGUCAUGGCGCUUAUUCUGCAGCAGAUUGCGGGCCUCAUGGGUAACAACAUGCUUCGCCAGUGGGGGAACCAUAAUACCGAAGUGAGCGACAACGAAGGCGCCGGGUGGUACUUGUUGGGCUACGGCUUGUUCUCACUAUCAUCGACUCUGCUCGGAGCUCUUGCCUCGAUCUUGAUCUGGGUCCUUUGCGCGGUGAGGAGCGCACGGAGGUUGCAUGACGCGAUGCUCAAUGCGGUCAUGCAUUCGCCCUUGACGUUCUUUGAACUGACGCCCACUGGACGAAUCCUGAACCUUUUCUCUCGGGAUACGUACGUAGUCGAUAUGAUCCUCGCUCGGGUCAUCCAGAACACCGUGAGGACACUGGCCACCACUGCGAUGAUCAUCAUCGUGAUCGGGUACAGUUUCCCACUUUUCUUGCUUGCAGUCCCCCCUCUGGCAUGGUUCUACGUUCGGGUCAUGAUCUACUACUUGGCUACCUCUCGCGAGCUCAAGCGUCUCGAUGCUGUAUCGCGCUCACCCAUCUUUGCAUGGUUCUCCGAGUCCUUAAAUGGGCUGUCCACCAUCCGCGCGUUCGGCCAGCAGAAGCUCUUCAUUGAGAACAACGAGCGCCGUGUGGACAGGAACCAGAUCUGCUACCUCCCAAGUAUUUCGGUCAAUCGCUGGCUUGCCGUCCGGCUCGAAUUUGUCGGCGCGACGAUUAUCUUCGUCACCGCGAUCUUGUCGAUCGUAGCGCUCGUCACAACCGGAGUUGACGCUGGACUUGUUGGUUUCGUGCUGUCGUACGCGUUGAACACAACUGGUUCUCUGAACUGGCUUGUGCGAUCGGCUAGCGAAGUUGAGCAGAACAUCGUCAGCGUAGAGCGUAUCUUGCACUACAUUGAGUUGCCGCCUGAGGCUCCUUGGGAAGUCCCGGGCACAGUGCCGGAGGACUGGCCCGCCAGGGGUGAGAUCGAGUUCAGGCAGUACUCCACGAGGUAUCGCCCCGAGCUGGAUCUCGUCCUCAAGGACCUCAAUAUCAAGAUUAAAGCCUGCGAGAAGAUUGGUAUUGUGGGACGGACGGGCUCGGGCAAAUCAUCAACACUUCUCUCGCUUUUCCGUGUCAUCGAGCCCGCUUCUGGGACUAUUUACAUCGAUGGCGUGGACAUUACCAAGAUAGGUCUCCACGACCUUCGUUCGGCAAUAUCUAUCGUACCCCAGAGCCCUGACCUUUUCGAGGGGACGAUCCGCGACAACAUCGACCCCUUGGGAGCGUCGAGCGAUGCGGACAUUUGGGUGGCGCUUGAGCAGACGCACUUGAAGGCGUUCGUGGAGUCGCUCCAGGGCGGACUAGAUGCUACGGUCAAGGAAGGUGGCUCGUCCUUGUCCUCAGGACAGCGGCAGUUGUUGUGCUUUGCGAGGGCACUGCUGCGCCAGUCAAAGAUACUAGUGCUUGAUGAAGCUACCUCCGCUGUGGACUUGGACACCGACCAGGCGAUCCAAGAAAUCAUCCGAGGGCCGCAGUUUGCCCACGUUACGAUGCUCACUAUCGCGCAUCGCGUGAACACCAUCCUGGAAUCCGACCGAGUACUGGUCCUCGAUGCCGGGCGGGUAGUCGAAUUCGAUACGCCGAAAAGCCUGCUUGCAAAUAAGCAGAGCGCCUUCUAUUCUCUCGCCGCGGAGGCGGGUUUGGCGUGAUAAUAAUUGCUUAUGUCUUAGAGGCCUCAUCACAUUGAGGUUACUACCCCAAAUCAAUAUACUAGACGG